AUGGCAGAGUCCAGCUGCGGAUCAUCUUCAUCGUCAUUUUCAUCUUCUUCGGAGUCCUCACUGACACUGAACGUGUCACCGCCAAAAUCCUCUUCCAUCUCGAUCCCUUUCUCGUUUUUACUCGGGAUUCAGAGUAAAAUCGUAACUCCAAGAUUGAACAUUCUCAAAUGCGCCGAGGAUGUGCUGAACAAGAAUCAAGAUGAUUUUUCUCAACUUUUUGUAGCAUCAGAUGUUCUUCAUAAAGCAGAGAGCAGAAAGCAUCAAAGAUUUGCUGAAAUAUUUAAGCACAAGAUUUCCUAUGCUUGGACAAUCCACAACUAUCAAGGAGCUUUAGAAGACAACUUGAAGGAGAGUCCUGCUGAUCUCAUAAGCAUCACUAAUUUGCUUUUGGGCUUCAAUGGAAUGGGUAUUCAACCCACCUCGAGAAGUUUCACGACCAAGGAAUUCCAUGAGAGGUUGUUGGAGCAACUUGAGUCUGGUUCUUUUGAAGCUUUCAAUGGCCAAAUAAUUCUCAAUGCGGUCCCAACGACACAACUUCAUAAGUUCAUUCAAUUCUUUCUCAAUGCUGCUCCUAUUUGUUUCAAUAUAAGACUCUUUAGUACCGUGGCAACAGUUGCACAUAGAAGCCAAAGGUGUUGUAGAGGGUGCCAUUGA